CUCUUCGGUCACGUCCUGGAGCGCGCCGCCUGCCUGCGGCGCUGCAAGCGGACGCUGCCCGCCUUCCAGGUCCCCUACCCGCCGAGGCAGCUGCUGCGCGACUUCCAGAGCCGCCUGCCCUACCAGUACCUGCACUACGCGCAGUUCAAGGCGAACCGGCUGGAGAAGGCGGUGGCUGCGGCCUACACUUUCCUCCAGAGGAACCCCAAGCACGAGCUGACCGCCAAGUACCUCAGCUACUACAGGGGGAUGCUGGAUGUCGGAGAUGAGUCCCUUACGGACCUAGAGGCCCAGCCCUACGAGGCUGUGUUCCUCCGGGCUGUGAAGCUCUACAACAGCGGGGACUUCCGCGGCAGCACAGAAGACAUGGAGCGGGCCUUGGCAGAGUACAUGACAGUCUUCGCUCGGUGUCUAGCUGGCUGUGAGGGGGCCCAUGAGCAGGUAGACUUCAAGGACUUCUACCCAGCCAUAGCAGAUCUCUUUGCAGAGUCCCUACAGUGCAAGGUGGACUGUGAAGCCAAUCUCAUCCCCAACGUAGGUGGCUACUUUGUGGACAAGUUUGUGGCCACCAUGUAUCACUACCUGCAGUUUGCCUACUACAAAUUGAAUGAUGUGCGCCAGGCUGCCCGCAGUGCUGCUAGCUACAUGCUCUUUGACCCCAAGGACAGCGUCAUGCAGCAGAACCUGGUGUAUUACCGCUUCCACCGGGCUCGCUGGGGCCUUGAAGAGGAGGACUUCCAGCCCCGGGAGGAGGCCAUGCUCUACCACAACCAGACCUCCGAGCUCCGGGAGUUACUGGAGUUCACACACAUGUACCUUCAGUCAGAUGAUGAGAUGGAACUGGAGGAGACAGAAUCACCCCUGGAUGAACUGGAGGAGACAGAAGAACCCCUGUCUGAUGCUGAGUUUGAAGGGGAGGGCGACUAUGAGGAGGGCCUCUAUGCAGACUGGUGGCAGGAGCCGGACGCCAAGGGCGAUGAGGCUGAGGCUGAGCCGGAGCCUGAACUGGCAUAAGAGUGGUGACACACGCCUUUAAUCCCAGCACUUGAGAAGCAUAGGCAGGCGGAUCUCUGUGAGUUCGAGGCCAGCCUGGUCUACAGAGAGAAGAGAGGUCCGGGACAGCCAGGGCUGUUACACAGAGAAACUCUGUCUCAAAAAACCAAAAAGAAAAAAAAAAAAACAUAAAAAGAGCGGUGACAUGGUGCACCCCUCAAACUCAGGAUACCGGGCUAGGAGCAAGAACUAUUUAUUAAAACUUAAAAAUGGCCAGGA